AUGGCCUCCUUCGACCCCAAAGCUCCUGUGGAUCUCGCCAAUACCAUUCCUACCCCGUUCCCACCUUUCCGACGUAUAGUGACCACUCACACUUCCACGGAUACCGAUGGAUCCGACGUGGCUCUUCUCGAAUCGACCUAUGCUCUCACCCCUCUCUUAGGGGGUCGAGCUCACGCAGGCUACGUCUUCGCCAGUAAAGAUUUACCGACCACCUCUCAACAUUCGAUCACAUCAUCUGACGUUGAAAAAGCUACAGAUCAAUGUUCUGGGGUGGUAUUGGACAACGGAGUGAACGGUCAAGUGACAGAUUUACCGCCGAAUUGCGGCGUGGGUAUGCACAGGACCAGUUCGAUAGAUUACAAUAUCUUUUUGAAGGGUUCAGCAUACCUUAUCACGCCUUCAAAGGACUCGAAACAUGCGAAUGGGACUGGACAUGCGGACGCUAAACCUGGCGAAGUAUGGACAAAAGUCAGUGCUGGAGAAGUCGUCGUUCAGAGAGGGACGUUACAUGCUUGGAAAGCGACGGAAGAAGGAGCGAGAUGGUGCACUGUUGUCGUAUCUGCAAAAGCUGUCGAGGUGAAUGGGGAGGCAUUAAAGGAUGUCGAUUUUGAUUAA